UAGCUUGCCGGGCUGAAAAAGAAAAGCUAGAAGAAGAAUCGACCAUAUCUGAUAGCAAGUCUUUUCUAUACGGCGCUUGUUGGAGCAGUUGAGAUCGGUCAGUAUAUUUCUCGAGCGUUAUACUUUACUUUAAGGUACCUAAGGUUAGUUUUGCUAUUCAUAUUGAGCUGGGGUAUAUCGUCUUCUCGUCUACCUCUAGGUACCGUUUGGUUUAUUCAACAUAAUAAUACCUGUACCUAAGGCUAUGUGGGAGCGCGUUUGACAAUAGAUCCUAUUAGGUACCUACCUCUAGGUAGAUAUAGAGAUAUACUUGGCAUAACUAACAAUCCCGCCUUCCUCCUAGCCCUUUUUCCCCUCCUGAGAGACCCCCCCCGAGUACCUCGCGGCAUACGGUUCUGGUGAUAGCCAGCCACAGCAGCGGGUUUUCUGGUCCUGGCUGGUAGUGCGCCAUGGUCGCGGCCGAGAAGCCAACGUCCCCGGCCCGACCCCUCGGCCCUGCUAUCGCGGCGAACAUGGCCGACGGCUUCUGCGGUGUCAAUCUCCUCCACGUCACCCGUGUUCCGGUCGUGAGCCCUGGAAAGGCUGGGUGGUUGACGCUUUUGGCUAUGUUGAACCCAGAUGUUCCGGCGCUGGAUGCGGAUGCGGAUAGAAGUGCGGAUAUGGCGGAAGCGGCUGAGAAAGGGGGCGGAAGAGAGUCGGCUGGUGGUGGUGGUGGUGAUGGUGGUAAUGCGCCGGUGCACAGUGCAAGCUGGUCCAGCAUUGCGCCGAAGCCCCUUCAGACGCACCAGUCGCGCGCUUGCGUCGUCAUAUCGCGGACUACGCUAAUAACUAUGCUCGUCAUGACAAAUGCUCGCCCCGUCUUCCAGUACAGCGAAGCUGCUGGGUUUCGGGCCGGGUACGCGUCGUAUUGCGGGCAGUGGUACAUCACCUGGCCCAUCGGCCAAGAAGCCAUCGUCACCUUCGCCGCGCACGACUCCCUCGGCAGCGGCAAAGAAGUCUUCCCGCGCGGCUUCCCCCUGCGCGUCGACCGCUGCGCGCGGAUGAUCGCGGGCGUCGUGGCGUCCCCGACCUCCGACUUCGCCGUCGGCUUUGGCGGCCGCCAGGCCCCCGGCACCUACGUGCUCGAGCACGCGCCCAGGGGGUUCCCGGCUGCCCACUCCGGCCGCCACCUGUACAACAUGCUCGGCGGCCGGGCCUUCGACGUCGACUACCUGUACGCGAGACCCGACCGCCUGGAUAACACGACGGGCGCGGUGGGGACGAAAGGGGUUCGCUUGCACCUGCCGGACAAGACCGCUGGCAACCGUUCCGUCGCCGUGGUCGUCCCCCCGGCCGCCGAAGCCGUCCUCAAGCAAGCCCUCGACACCCUGCCCUGGACGAGCCUGUCGUGGAGCAUGCACCGCGGUCUGCGGGACGUGCUCCUCGCGUACGGGAGACAAAUCAUGGACUUGCACCGCACGGCGCUGGCCGCGCUGCUCCGGCAGACGGUAGCCUCGCGCGCCGAGGAAUUUGUGUCGCGCGGGUGGGACGGGGAUUUCGUGCGCGAGAGCAUGGGGCCGAUGGCGGCGGCGGCAGUCCUCGCGGGGCGAGGGGACUCGGGGGACGCGGUGCGCGUGGUGACGGCGGCGGCGGCGGUGUACUACGAUGCGGCCAAAGGAAUCCUGGGAUCAGGAAGAAGUGAUAAUGAUAGCAGUCUGGACGAGCUGGACGAGGUGCGGUUUUGGCGGGCACAGCAGCCGCAUCGCCGACGGGGUAGUAGCCCGCUGCUUCCCGAGGCCGUCGUCGCGCUGACCAAGUUCUUCGUGCUCGAGUGGAGCCAGGAGUUCGAUUACCAGCUGUACCAUCAUCUGCCGAUGUCUCUCUACUUCGGGUAGGUAGUACAUGACGAGGCAAAGUAAGUAUUCGCGGGUAUAGGUGGAUGGAUGGAUGGAUGGGUUAGGUGUUGGAGGCUGGCUGGUAAGGUUCUAUCAUCAAAGGUUAGGUACCUACCUACAUUAGGUAUUUAACGAAGCUAUGAAAUACUGUACGUAACGACGACUAUGAUCGGGACAUGUGGUAUGAGGUUUAGCAGGCUAGGUAAAUUGAUAUAAUGCGUUACCAAAAGUCUGUGUGCACCCCCCUAUUUUACACCAAAAGUCAUCACUUUCAACACAACAUAUA